GACCUAACCAAACCUUCCCGGUCUACAUCCACUCUCCUCUCUCUUCCCUUCCCCACAGUCCCACUCGCCCAACAAAUCUUCAAUCGCCUUCCCCCGUGUCCUGCUCCAUAUGCUCUCUGUCCCGGGCAUUUCAUUGAUCAUCUCGUCGACAGCCCUGAUACUGUGACCACCCCGGGCAGCUCCAUUGAAGGAUGAGUUUCAGGGAAGACAGUGAUGAGGGAAGGGAUCUCAGGAAGCCCUUCUUGCACACCGGCAGCUGGUACCGUAUGGGCUCCAGGCAGUCCAGCAUGAUGGGCUCUUCUCAGGCGGUCAUCCGAGAGAGCUCCAUAUCGGUUGUUGCCUGCGUCCUGAUUGUGGCUUUGGGUCCUAUCCAGUUUGGCUUCACGUCAGGUUAUUCCUCCCCCACACAGAGUGCAAUCGUUAAGGAUCUCGGCCUUACUGUCUCAGAGUACUCUCUAUUUGGUUCUCUUUCAAAUGUGGGAGCUAUGGUCGGGGCCAUCGCCAGCGGACAAAUUGCAGAGUAUAUUGGACGCAAAGGGUCUCUAAUGAUUGCAGCCAUACCAAAUAUUAUUGGAUGGCUAGCCAUUUCCUUUGCUAAGGAUUCUUCCUUUCUCUACAUGGGAAGAUUAUUGGAAGGAUUUGGUGUUGGCAUUAUUUCUUACACGGUCCCUGUGUAUAUAGCUGAGAUAGCACCUCAAAAUAUGAGGGGGAGUUUGGGCUCUGUGAAUCAGCUUUCGGUCACAAUUGGGAUAAUGUUGGCUUAUCUCCUGGGGAUCUUCGUUGAAUGGAGAAUACUGGCCGUUUUAGGUAUAUUGCCAUGUACAAUACUGAUCCCUGGUCUAUUUUUCAUUCCAGAAUCUCCUCGGUGGCUGGCAAAAAUGGGCAUGACGGAAGAGUUUGAGUCUUCUUUGCAAGUUCUCCGAGGGUUUGACACUGAUAUCUCCCUUGAAGUGAAUGAAAUUAAGAGAGCUGUCGCUUCGAGCAGCAGAAGAACUACCAUCAGAUUUGUAGAACUCAAAAGAAGAAGAUACUGGUUCCCUCUAAUGGUUGGAAUUGGACUACUUAUUCUGCAACAGCUCAGUGGAAUUAAUGGUGUACUAUUUUAUUCUAGUGCCAUUUUUGAAAGUGCUGGGAUUACAUCAAGCAAUUUAGCAACAUUUGCUCUUGGUGUUAUUCAGGUCAUUGCUACCGCAGUCACUACUUGGUUGGUGGACAAAACGGGCCGAAGGAUUCUUCUCAUUAUUUCCUCUGCUGGGAUGACGGUCAGCCUUCUCAUAGUUGCAGCAUCAUUCUAUAUAAAGGGUGCGAUAUCAGAUACUUCUACUCUCUACACUGUUCUGAGCAUUCUCUCUUUGGUUGGAGUUGUGGCGAUGGUCGUUGCUUUCUCCCUUGGAAUGGGGCCCAUUCCAUGGAUUAUUAUGUCCGAGAUCCUUCCAAUUAACAUAAAGGGCCUUGCUGGAAGCAUUGCAACUCUCUCCAAUUGGUUCACCUCGUGGGUUAUCACUAUGACUGCAAACUUGCUCCUAACUUGGAGCAGUGGAGGUACAUUCACAAUCUACAUGGUAGUGAGUGCUUUCACUGUGGCCUUUUGUGCUAUUUGGGUGCCUGAGACAAAGGGAAGAGCUCUAGAAGAAAUUCAGAGGUCCUUCAGAUGAGGCUUUCUUUCUAUUCCUGUUUCCUUUCCUUCCUUAAUGAGGCUGGUUCAAAUUCUCCUGAUGACUAUCAAGUAUCAACCCCUUGUAUGCAACACCGAGAAUGUAGUAGUAUUCCAGGCAAUAGGGGAAAAGAAAAGGCAGGCAUUUUCUUCAGCCCGCUUGACUUUGUUCCUUAGUUGGACUGUAUAAAUUGUACCAAUUCCCUAGCUGUAUUCUUUUUGUGGCAAUCCAUAUAUAUUCUUCAUUUGGUACUAAGGUUAUGCUGUUCUAUCGCAAACUUGUUCAUGUCCGUUGAGAAAAAUAAUGUAUAGAAACAAUGUUAAACAAGUUUUUGUUUAUAAUAUCCCAGCGUUGCCGAGC